AUGUCCACCCACGAAGGGGCCAAUGGCGCCUCUAACGGCACCCACACCCAGUCCCAGCGGUACCUCAGCACCCGCGGGGAUGACAAUGACCUUUCCUUCGAAGACGUCGUGCUGAAGGGCCUCGCCACCGACGGCGGCCUGUACAUCCCCGAGGAGAUCCCGCAGGCGACUGGCUGGGAGAGCUGGAAAGAUCUGCCCUUCCCCGAGCUCGCCUUCAACGUCCUCUCCCUCUACAUCUCCCCCUCCGAGAUCCCGGCCGACGACCUCAGGGGCAUCAUCGACCGGAGUUAUGCCACCUUCCGCCACCAAGAGACCACGCCCCUGCGGCAUCUGCAGGACAACCUGUUUCUGCUAGAGCUGUUCCACGGGCCCACGUUCGCGUUCAAGGACGUUGCUCUGCAGUUCUUGGGAAAUCUGUUCGAGCACUUCCUGACAAGGAAAAAUAAGGGCAAGAUCGGAAGAGAUCGGCAUCACCUGACCGUGGUCGGCGCAACCUCCGGCGACACAGGCAGCGCCGCCAUCUAUGGUUUGCGCGGCAAGAAGGACGUCUCUGUGUUCAUCCUGCAUCCCAAAGGCCGCGUCAGCGCCAUCCAGGAGGCACAGAUGACCACCGUCCUCGACAAGAACGUGCACAACCUCGCCGUCACGGGCACCUUUGACGACUGCCAGGACAUCGUCAAGGCGCUCUUCGCCGACCCCGACACCAACUCCACUCUCAACCUGGGCGCCGUCAACUCCAUCAACUGGGCUCGGAUCCUCGCCCAGAUAGUCUACUACUUCCACGCCUAUUUCUCCCUGGCCAAGUCGUCGCCGGGCUUCAAGCUCGGCGACAAGGUCCGCUUCGUGGUGCCGACGGGCAACUUCGGCGACAUCCUGGCCGGCUACUUCGCCACGCGCAUGGGCCUGCCGGUCGACAAGCUCGUGGUCGCGACCAACGAGAACGAUAUCCUGAACCGCUUCUGGCGGACGGGCCGGUACGACAAGAAGCCGGCGGCGGUCCCGCCCGAGGCGUCUGGCGGCCUCGCGGCCGACGGCGUCAAGGCUGAUGAAGGCGGCGUCAAGGGCACUCUGUCGCCUGCCAUGGACAUCCUGGUCAGCAGCAACUUCGAGCGGCUGCUGUGGUUCCUGGCGUACGAGUUCGCCUCGGCCGCGGGCAUGGACGACGAGUGGAACAAGCGGCAGGCGGGCCAGGAGGUGGCGGCGUGGCACAAGGACCUCAAGGCCAAGGGCGGGUUCAGCGUGUACAAGGCGGUGCUGCUGUCGGCACAGCGCGACUUUGAGAGCGAGCGCGUCGACGACGAGCAGACCGUCGCGACCAUCAAGGACUUCUACGGCCGGCUCGGGUACAUCCUGGACCCGCACUCGGCGGUCGGCAUCGCCGCGUCGCUGAGGUCCGUCGCCCGCACCGGCGCCGAGGUGCCGCACAUCUCGCUGGCGACGGCGCACCCGGCCAAGUUCGCCAACGCCGUCGACAAGGCGCUGACGGGGCUGGAGGGCUACGACUUCGAGAGCAAGGUGCUGCCCAAGGAGUUUGUGGGCAUGCACGAGCGGGAGAAGAGGGUUGCGUUCGUGAAGAACGACUGGAAGGCGGUCGGUGAGCUGGUCAAGAAACAGGUGGAGGAGGAGCUCAAGGAGGAGGAGCACGCGGCGCAGGCGGAGAUCCAGGCGGCCAGGGAGUGA